AUGCCGGAGAGGAAGAUAUCGCCGCCGAAUGCAAUUCAACUGCCCCACAGGUAUAUACCUAAUGAUGCCGUUCUCUCUAUUCUGUCCAAACUUUCUCUCAAAUCUUUCAAGCGAUUUCAAUCUAUAUGCAAAUCAUGGUCCCUUCUGUUUGAUGAUCCUUUUUGCAUGAAUCUGUAUCGCAAAUCAUUCUUAUUUGAGAAUGUAGUCCUAUUAGAAUUGCCAAAUCCAUAUCGUGGAAGUACAUUUGAAAUUUUGGGUUCAGCUAGUGUUAAUGGUAUUCUUUGUCUUUGUAUCCAUAAUAAUGAAUUUAAGAAACUUCUUUCAAGCCCUCGACCCAACUAUAUACCGUUAGGAUGUGAAGGUGGUUCUUAUGUUCCUCGUUUUUAUAAUCAUCAUCUAGUUGGUUAUGAUUGUGCUAAAGCCAACUAUAAGGUGGUUCAAAUCGCAUUUUAUACAUCAAGUUAUCCACAUGUUUCUUAUUGGGAGAUAUACAACCUUAGUAGUAACUCUUGGAAGAAAAUGGAUGACCAUAUUCCUCCAUUUUAUACCGACUAUAACCCAGUGUACAUAGAUGGAAUGUCUCAUUGGUGGAAUGGAGUUAAAACAAAUUCAUUUUUAAUAUCAUUUGACUUUAGUACUGAAUCUUUCAUUAUGACUCCCAUGCCUUCUUAUGUACAUGAUUUGUUGGCUGAUAUUUACACUUGUAAAAUUCAAUUGAUGAUAUUGAAGGGAUCCAUUGCUCUCACCUUACAUCAUAAAGAGACAUCUACCUUUUACAUGCAUUUUAAUAUUGGGUGA